AGUCUGUGUCACAGCCACCCUCCGAGGAUCUCUCGAUUGUUGCUCGGAUUGCAUUUGGGAUUUCUGCAAGCAGGGACGUCCCCCCCCCUCCCUUUCCCUCCUGUCCCCUCCCUGUUUUUCCGUUAGAAAACACACAGGCGAGGAAAUACAUAUAUGUCUGUACAUAUGUGUGCGCGCGUGUGCCUUCAUUCACUGGAUGUCUCAAGAGGAAAAGCGAAAUAAUCAUAGGUAGCAAAAGCAACAAGAAGGAGCCCCCAAAUAGCCUUAGCCUCCUCCACCCCUUCGCUCAAACCUGCCUUAUUUAUUGGAGAAAUCUCCUCACCUCCCUUCUCACUCCAGAGUGUGCUUGAUCCCAGGAAAAAAGUGAAGCCAUCUAACCAUGGUGGUUUUCAAUGGCAUGCUGAAAAUUAAAAUCUGCGAAGCGGUGAAUCUUAAACCCACAGCCUGGUCACUAAGGCAUGCGGUGGGACCCAGGCCUCAGACCUUUCUGCUGGACCCUUACAUUGCCCUCAACGUGGACGAUUCCAGGAUCGGGCAGACCUCGACCAAGCAGAAAACUAACAGCCCUGCCUGGAAUGAUGAGUUUGUUACUGAUGUUAGUAAUGGCAGGAAGAUUGAGAUGGCUGUUUUCCACGAUGCCCCCAUUGGGUACGAUGAUUUUGUGGCAAACUGCACUAUCCAGUUUGAGGACCUGCUGCAGAAUGGGAGCCGCCACUUCGAGGACUGGAUUGAUUUGGAACCAGAAGGAAGAGUGUAUGUCAUCAUAGAUCUUUCAGGCUCAUCAGGUGAAGGAGACUUGAAAAUCAAAGCCUUCGUGUUGGAAGACAUCAAUGUAAUGGCUGAUUAG